AAUAAUUUUUCAUCAAAAUAUGGGCGCUUUGUUGAACAUUUUUUAGAUUUUCCAUAGAUCAGCUACAAAAGUUGCAAAGCAAUUUUUGAAAGUUUACUGUUGAAAAAUGCAAAUUCAUCCAGAAUCUUUUUAAAAUUUAACUUUAUAAAAUACUUUUAUUAAUCACGUUUUCCCGAUGUUUGCCACGUUGCUACUAAAAUUACGUGGAAGGUUAUUAAUUUCGUUUGUCAAAUUGCAAAUUAUUCAUUGUUCACUUUGAGAAAUCUAGAUGAAGAAACUCUUUCUAAUUUUUCUGUGUCUUUUGGCUCCAAACUACUGUUAUGCAGCGUGUGCUUCUGUUCACGUAAAAGGCCAGCUAAUGUGCAGAGGAAGACCAUAUGUUGGGGAGAUGGUUCAGAUUUGGGAGCCCAAAAUUUUCGACGAAAUGUGGUCGGAUCAAAAAACAGGAGUCGAUGGGAGAUUCGAGAUGGCGACUAACGGGAAUGAUGUGACUCUAGUCGACAUUCCAUUGCUGAAUUUUGGAUUCAAACCGUAUCUAUGGAUCAAUAAUUUUUGCGGAACAGAAGUGAUGAAUGGGGAGAGAUGUACCAAGAAUCUUGUAAAGAUUCCCAUUCCGGAAUGGUAUGUCAAUCCAUGUCGACCGGAUGUUCAUAUUUUUGACAUUGGAGUUUUCGAAAUGGAUACUGUUAAAGGCGAAGACUACAACUGGUUCGAGAAGUUUCUUGGAUACGGGAAACAUUGUAGAUCUUAUUAAAUGUUUAAUAAAUAAUUAAAGAUAUUU